AUGACGUCCGAUUCUACUCCCGCUAAACCCGGGGGCAUGCUCUCCCUCUACGCCAAUCUUCUCGACCCGGAGAGCUCGACUGCCCCCGGUACCAUCUCUCGUGCUCCUGUGGUCUUCAAACAAGCCGACGCCGACUCCCCGGCCGAUGAUUCUGCGGCAAAGAAGCAACAGCUCAGUUCCGCUUCCCUUCGAUUUCAGCCUACGAAAAGACCGCAACUCGCUGCGCAGAAACCCAAAUCGAAGCCCACAUUACCUAAGGCAGCGCCCGCCGCGGUGCCUCCUGCUGCCCCUGUCAAGACUAGCCUGGCCGAUUGGGCGGCAACCGAGGACGACGAUGUCAACGGCUUCUAUGCCGGUCCGAAAAGACAGCGAGGCGGUCGCAAGAAGCGCAAGAAGAACCGGGAUGUCCGAGAGUUUAUACAAAACUGGGACGACAUCUAUGACCCGUCGCGACCCAACAACUACGAAGAAUAUAAGCAUAGCGAUGAGCAGAUUGCCGAAGUGCGCGAGUGGAAAGACCUUUUGUAUGCGCAUCGCAUGGCGCACUCGCCUAGUCAGGACUCGUAUAGUGACGCAGAGCGCGGUCGACCGAUGAUGAAUCGUGAGUCUUUCUGCGUACAGCGCAUCGAUAUUCACAAACUAAUCAUCAUGGCGACAGGUCAAUUCGCGCCGCCGAGUAGUUUCGCACCACCCCCGAAUCUCAAUGACAUGCCGCCGGAGCCUCCUGUUACCGACCAAGAUGCUCCAUCGGGAGAGGAUGCUUUUGCGCGGCGUGCUCGUUUGUCCGGCUUGCAACCCGACUCAGCCGUUUCUGAUACCGUGCCCCCUCCGCCGCCUCCUGAGGAACCACCGGCUCGUGUCCCUGAUGAUCCUACCGGAGAAGACGCCUACAAACGGCGCCUGCAAAUGUCGGCUGGGGCGCAGCCAACACCCCCUCCCUCAUCCACUCCGUUGGCGGCCAUGCAACCCGCCUCCGCGACGAUAUCUCGAGCUCCUGUCAGGUACACUUUACCUCCUGCCCCGGCGGACAUCCCUGCAUCGGAAGCAGAGCUCGAAGAAGUGUUUGCGAAAGAGGAGCCUGUGGAAGCGGAUGCGGAGGAGGACGGCCAACGCUCCCUCCGGCCAGGACAGAAGGGCUUCGCGGAGCGAUUGUUGGCCAAAUAUGGAUGGACAAAGGGGUCUGGCCUGGGUGCGACAGGAUCUGGUAUCGUCAAACCGUUACAAGUCAAGGUGGAAAAGCAGAAGAAACGGCCGGACUUCGAGGGUGGUGGCUUUGCUACUCCUGCUGGCAGGGGUAAGAUCAUUGGCGGUGCCAAAAAGCAAGAGGAUGAAGGCAAGUUUGGCCGGAUGAGUGAGGUGAUCAUCUUGAAGGGGAUGCUGGAUGGAAUGGAUGUGGAUGCAGAGCUCGAAGGGGGGUUGAUGCAGGAGAUUGGAGAAGAGUGUUCGGAGAAGUACGGCAAUGUUGAACGUGUCUACAUUUCUCGAGAUUCUGCCGCUCCCAUACCGGUAUUCGUCAAGUUUACGAAUCAACUUUCUGCCUUACGAGCUGUGAAUGCUUUGGAAGGACGAAUAUUUAACGGGAAUCCGAUAACAGCUCGGUUUUUUGAUGCACAUAAAUUCGAGCAAGGCGUCUAUGAAGAAUAA